GAUUCGAUAUAAAUGUGGAGUCGAAUGAAAAAUAAUCAGUUUCAUCCAGUCCGUUAAUAAAGUUUAUCAUAUCUUUAGUGCAAUUCAUUGCAAAAUGACGCCCAUUUACUUUGCUCUGUUUAUCAUCAGCCUUGGGAUUGGGGUGGUCCAUGGAGAUGGCGAUCAAAAAAUCAUAAUGAAUAGGGUUGAGGUAACUCAUAUCACUGGGGACAAUCCUUUCUUCGGGAAAUGGGAGGCGCAGCUUCAUUCUUCUGGGCAAAAACUAUCGCUGAAAAUGCCUGUUAAACAGGAACUCCCGGACAGCAUAAGAUUCAAGCUGGAAAUGACUUUGGACGGCGAUGACUUACCGGAAGUGGAGAUGUCAUUAUGUGAGGCCUUCGAUGAUGACUCAAUUGGCAAAGAUAUUACUGAACAUGGGGCACCUGAUGGUCAAUUUCCGAAAGAAUGCCCGAUUUACGCGGGCGAUAAUUUGGAAAUAAGAGAUUACACAUUCCCCGAUGACAAAAUACCACCGGGUACUCAAGAUGGACCUCUCCAUAGUAUACUGAGAAUAUUUGAAGAGGGAAAGGAAGGUGAUCCCAUCAUCAUCAUCGAGUCCGAUGGGGAGAUAACACACUAAAAAAAUUUCCAAUUAUUUUCCGACAUGUCAUUAACCAGCCUCGUGGACAUAUGUCUUUCUACCCCGAUUUACCCUCAAUACGACAACAAUAGCAAUUUUUAACUAGCUCUCGAUUAAUUUGUCAUUGAAAUUCAAAAAUAAAACAAUUAGCAUUGAUUA